AUUCGAGUGGGUUUAGUGGUUUACCCAUCUAUCUAAAUGACCCGGCCCUUGCAGUGAAUGCGACUCAGCUGCCCUCUUCUUAUCACUUCGCUCGCUUCUCCUUCCUCCCGAGUCCAAAACCGAUAAUCACUCCUCGCAGCCCUUCCGUCGGAGCAGUCAACGAAAUCACAUCCCAUGGCGACCUCAUCCGUCUCCGCUUCGAGAUUCGGUUCUCUCGCCUUCUCCCCCAAUCCUAUCUCCUCUCCCGAACCCCGGAAGCUCGCUCUCCCCUUCCGCCCUCUCGGCUCAAGUAGGAAGCUGAGCAAGUCGACCUGCGAUCAAAUUAAUCUGCGGACCGCUGCUUAUUCCGGCUCCGGCCGGUUGUGGACGCCCGAGACAAGUUCUCGGCGCGGAAUUUGGUCGAUAAGGGAUGAUUUGGAAGUUCCAGCAUCGCCAUACUUGCCUACGUAUGCCAACGGUAGAGGCGAAGCUCAGGGACCGCCUCCAAUGGUUGCCGAACGGUUUCAGAGCGUGAUUACGCAGCUUUUCCAAUAUAGAAUUAUAAGAUGUGGUGGUGCCGUUGAGGAUGAUAUGGCAAACAUUAUUGUUGCUCAGCUCCUCUAUCUCGAUGCUGUUGAUCCUAAUAAGGAUAUUGUCAUGUAUAUAAAUUCUCCAGGAGGAUCAGUUACAGCUGGUAUGGCAAUCUUUGACACAAUGAGGCAUAUCCGACCUGAUGUCUCUACUGUCUGUGUUGGACUAGCAGCUAGUAUGGGAGCUUUCCUGCUUAGCGCUGGAACCAAAGGUAAAAGGUACAGCCUGCCAAAUUCAAGGAUAAUGAUCCAUCAGCCGCUUGGUGGAGCUCAAGGUGGCCAGUCUGACAUAGACAUCCAGGCAAAUGAAAUGUUGCACCACAAAGCAAACCUGAACGGGUACCUCGCCUACCAUACUGGUCAAAGCCUCGACAAGAUCAACCAGGACACAGACCGCGAUUACUUCAUGAGCGCAAAAGAAGCCCAAGACUAUGGACUCAUCGACGGGGUUAUCGUGAAUCCUCUCAAAGCUCUCCGGCCUCUGGAAGCUGCUGCGGAGCAACAAUGACCUGGCCCUGUCGCUCGCCCAUUGUGUUGCCUCCGUUGAUGGUGCUCUGCAUUCCUGUAUUGUUAGCCAGAUGAAAUCAUGUUUUCUAUGACAACGUUUAAGAACAGGAUUCAACAAUUCACAUAUGGAUAUGGUCAAUAGGAAAAAAAACUGGAAGUACCUUUUAG